UCCAACAGCCAUGUAAACAACACUAUGAAGAUGGACGAGGAUUUGGCUGAUUACGUCCAGAAAUUGAAGGUGUCAGACGACCUCUUCAAGGAUAUCAAGUUCUACGCGACAGGAAAAAUUCCAGAUGAGGUUUUAAAGCUGUUGACAGAUGGAGGGGCCAAGCAAGAUGCACACAUCACAGAUUUCAUGACCCAUCUUAUCACAGGAGAAGAUCCCAAUGAGAAUGAUGUUGGUGUUGUAAAAGAUAUAUACGAGAAACCUGUUGUUACGCAGCGAUGGGUCAUACUGUCAGUCAAGUGUGGGAAGCAACUGCCGGUAGAAGGCUUCAACCCCGAGAACAAUCAAAUGUUUUCUGGUGUGAUUGCUAGUAUAUCAAAACUAGGAAAGGAAGAUUCUCUUGCAAUUUGGGCUAUGAUAACAUUUUCAGGAGGUCAGUUGAAACUUCACUUCGACAACUCAUGCACCCAUCUUAUUAUUGGAAAACCAGAGGGGGCAAAGUAUACAACAGCACUUGAGUAUGAAGACAAUCUCAGCAUUGUGACUCCUGACUGGGUCACCGAGUCCAUAGCAGAAGGGGAAAGAUUAGACGAGACAGAGUACCACCCAAGGCUGCUAAGACUGCCCAAAUCAGAUUUAAUGCAUACACCAGAGCCAAGUAUAGCGAGAGAGCGAAAAAAGAAGGAUACAUCCCAUCAACAGAGAAACGAGGAGUUGAAGAAGAAGGAAGAACCAAAGAAAAAGGAGGUUGAAAAGAAAUCACUCUUUGAUACUCUGCAAUUUAGUGAUGAUGAGGAAGAGAGUACCAAAGGUAACUCUCUACUUGAUCAACUGAAGACUCCCCAGUCUUGGAAACAGCCAAGUACCAAGCCAACAGUAACAACAAGAGCUUCAGCUAGUACUACUUUUGGCUCUCCAGUAGCUCAUGACAAGCCUAGAGCUCCUUUGACAGCACCAAUCUCCAUAACAAAUCCACCACAGACAGUAACGACUCGAUCAGUCACUCCUCAGCCCAGUCCAGCACCCAAGGCCAUUGCUCAAACCACAGCUGCAGGUUUGCGACAGGUUGCAACUCAACCAACCACAGAACUGGCUGACCAAUCAGAAUCUGAUGCAAGUCCAUCAAGACCAAUUACAGCACAAGGACAACGUGCUGGACUUCAACAGGCUGCAGCAACUUUAGGUCCUACCUUGAACAUGGGACCAGCACAGACCCCCAAUACACGUUCCUCUGCACAGUUAGAGGCACCAUCUCCUGCAACCUCGAUGGCCCAGACAGCCCAAGGCAAUGUGGCUCGUGCAACUCCUCCAAUACCUUCACGUGUAACCCCACCAAACACAUCUCGUUCUACUCCACCCAACACUGCCCGUGCUACACCACCUAACAAUACUCUUAGAGUUACACCACCUAAUGCCUCUCGUGCAACCCCACCUAGUACCUCAAGAGCUACCCCACCAAAUACUGCAAGAGAAACUCCUCCAGCACGCACCACCCCAACACCCCCCAUGUCUUCUCGUGCAACUCCCCCUUCCACCACUCAUACGCCAUCACCAGUUACCUCUCGUGCAACACCACCAUCCACAGCUAGAGCAACUCCUCCUGUGAUUUCAAGAGGGAAUCCUCCUGUGGUUGGGCCUGCUGGGCCCAGAGUUCCUGCAAUGCCACUAACAGUGACUAACCCAGGUGUUCGAGCUCCAGGAGCAGUGUCACAAGUGGCUCCAGGGGAAAUUCCAAUACCUAACAUGCCACAACAGGUUCAUACAGUUGCUAUCCCAGGGGCAGUCGUUAGACUUCCGCAAGGAGUUACCCCACGCAAGUUACAGAUGAUGACUCCAACAGAACGGCACUCCUUCCUACAAAACCUUCAUCAAAAACAAAUACAGGAACAGCAGUCCAGGGGAAAACCUCGUGCUGGAAAACCUCCUGGUCCACAGUAUAAACAGGGUGUAAGGUAUGCUGCAACUGGUAUCCAUACACCAGGUACCCCAGCAACACCUGGCACACAAGUUUCCUCAUGGCCUGGCACAGGCCAGGGAACACCAGUUGUAAGACCAGCCAUGGCUGGCAGUGGCCCAGGAACUAUAGCUGUUUCUUAUCAAUCUGGGCAGGUGCAAGGGCAGACUCCUGGAGCUCCUCAGGUUGUUACAGCAGUUACCCCAGGUGAAGGUGUGAGACCAGGAUGGCCUGGACCAGGACAGCAGCAAUACCCAGGAGGUCAGCCACAACCAGGUACAAGGGUUGUUGUAGGUCAAACAAGCUGGCAACAGCAGCAGCAACAAUCGGGUAUUCGUGCUCAGGCUCCAGCUACUCCAGGACAACAGCCAACCUCUCAGACGUUGUUACCACAACAUGUUCAGCAAUUACAACUGCAGAUUCAGCAGUUGUGCCAGCAGUUCCCUCAUCUUACACAGCAAGAUGCUUCACAGCUGAUCCCUCGCAUUCCAGCUCAUUACCGCCAGAUUCAGCAGUUAGAUAAUGCUCAGCGAAGUGAGUAUUUAGCACAGCUAGAACCCAAAGAAAAGCAAGUUGUUACUUAUUUCUUUCUAAGGAAAAGUUGGCACUCCUCAGCAGUCUCCUCAUAACUGGCAACAACAACCACAGCAGCCAGGGCAGCAGCCUGCCCCACAAGCAGCUGUUCAGGGUGGUCAGUAUCCACCCAUGUCACCCCAUGGAAGGCCAAUACCAGGACGUCCAAUGCCUCAAGGUUAUCCAGGAUGUCAGCCAGGUGGUGUAGUAUCACCAGGUCAAGGGUCUCCUCAUAUGGUAGCUGGAGGCCAGCUGACUCCACAACAACAACUUACACCACAUGUUUCACCACUAGCAUCUCCUCAUGGACAUUCACCUAUUCAUAGGGGAGAUGGAACUCUUAUGGGUCAUCCAGGAGCUAUACAGGGAUCCCCAGUGCCACAGAACCUUGUGAAUCAACAGAACUUGGUUAAUCCAAAGACAAAGACUGCUUUAGCUAUUCAUCUAACAAACAGAGGAGUGAUCUCACAAGGCCCACAGGGGCCCAUUGAGGUUCCACCACAUGUAGUACAGAAGCCUGGCAUACCACAAGAAGCUGUUCAAGGUCCAGGAGGAGAGCCAGUAAUGUUGUACCAACGUAGAGCGCUUGGAAAUAUUACGGGAUCGGUGACAAACAACUUGGUACGGCCUCCAGCCCAAGGUGCUCCAGUUGGUAUUGUUGGAGGCCAUGGGUAUCCCAGGCCAGCUCCUCCUCCUCACCCUGCUGCAGCUACUCCACCCAUGGCGCCAACUGCUUCACACUAUCCUCGCCCUCAUCUUGUUGGACAUGACAUCAACAUCAUGUUACCACGUGAGCUUUGCCUGGUUGGAUGUGUCUUCUACAUUGCUGACUACCACGGAGAAGUAACAGUGGAGACACUGCAUGCAUGGAAGAGGGUCAUUCAACAGCAUGCUGGAGAGGUUGUUCCGAUCUAUGACUCUGCACGGGUUACUCACCUGCUCUGCAAACACCAGAAAUCACCAGUGUUUAUGCAAGCAGUGCGUGAAAAUAAACGCUGCAUUACCAUAUUUUGGCUGAAUGAUGUUCUUCUUAGAGGAAAAAUGGCUCCUCCAUGGCAGGCUAUACACCUCCCUACUCCAUUUGGAAAUGAUAACAAGCCUUGCAAAGAUCUCAUAGUUAGUGUGAGUGGAUUUGAGAAUGAAGAAAGAACCAUCAUCAAGUUAAUGCUACAGUUGGUAGGGGCCAAAUAUACAGGUUAUUUUUCAAAACAUAACAGCCUUCUCAUCUGCAAAAGGUUGGAAGGAGCAAAGGUAGCCAAGGCAAAAGAAUGGAAGCGUCCUGUCGUGAAUGGUGUGUGGCUAAGCGAGGUGUUGUUGGGGCAAAACACACCUCCACUAGUCUACCAUGGGACACGGUAUCAACAUUACUUGGAUGACCCUCUCCGCAUAGAUCCUUCACUUGCAUCACAUCUUUUUAAUGCCUGGAAAUACCACAUAAGUGUUUCUAAAGAAUCUGUUGAAAAGGCCAAGGCAAUGAGGGAAAUGGCAUUAAGAAAGAGAAAAACAGAGGCAGAUGGGGACCAAGAGAACAAACGUGCUUGUCUUGAGCCACCUCCAGCUCCACAUCUGGGAGCCACUCCUUCCCAAACUCCAACACAACCCACAGCACCUUCCCAGUUACCCAGCACACCCACUGGUGGUCCACCUCAAACAUCCUUACCUUCCAUUAGUGGCUUUGGAGGCCCACUGACUAUCAUUAACAAAGAACUCCCUCCAGAACAACACAGACCUCGUAUUUUGUUAUCAAGUAUAAAAAAUAAGGAAGAAAUUGAAAGGAAAUUGCUUGAAUUAGGUGGUUACUUGGCUAAGACGAGUAUUGAAGCCACUCACUUAGUUAUGGGGAUAGGCACUGC